AUGGCUUCUGUCGAUCCGACGAUUGCUCCAACUGUAGCUACUGCAUCUUCUGCUUGGGACUCUCUGCAUCUUACUUAUGCCAACAAGUCCCAAACACGAAUAUUUAGCUUUCGUGACCAGCUCGCGCGUCUAUCAAAGGACUCCCGCCCAGUAGCCGAUUAUCUCCAUCAAGUGCGCUCUCUCUACAACGAGCUCGCUACAGCUGGAGCUACAAUCACCAACGAUGAACUGGUGGUGAAAAUUCUGAGUGGUCUUGGGUCCGAUGCCAUAACUGCUGCUAUGGUAACUCACAACAAAUCCAUCAAUUCCAACAACUGCGCUGCUCGUCGACCCAACAACAUAUCACAAUGGUGUUCCAACAAUCGUAGAACUGCCCCUGCGCAGGGGCGUUACAUCAAUAACCCUGUUCGCUAUCAGUUAUGCAAUAAACAGGGUCAUUCUGCUAAUGUUUGUCAGUCACAGUCUCACAAUCAUUUAGAGGCAAAGGCCAAUUUUCUUUUAGGUAACCAAGUUGCGGAAAAUCAAUGGAUUGUUGACUCCGGUUAUUGA